AGCGCCGUGACGGGAAAAUGAGCGAGGAGGCGGCGGCGACUAACGAUAAUAGUUAUGCACGAGUGCGAGCUGUGGUGAUGACCCGGGAUGACUCAAGUGGUGGAUGGUUACCGCUUGGAGGGGGUGGACUGAGCUGUGUCACAGUCUUCAAAGUCAUUCACCAGGAAGAGAAUAGCUGUGCUGAUUUUCUUAUCCAUGGAGAACGACUCAGGGAUAAAACGGUGGUCUUGGAAUGCACGUUAAAGAAGGAUCUCGUUUACAACAAAGUUACUCCUACUUUUUACCACUGGAAGAUUGAUGACAAAAAGUUUGGCCUCACGUUUCAGAGUCCUGCUGAUGCAAGAGCAUUUGACAGAGGUAUUCGGAGAGCAGUAGAGGAUAUUUCACAAGGUUAUCCAGCCUCCCAAAAUGAUGUUGAAGUGGCAGAAGACUGCUUUCAAGCUGCUCAAGAAAAUACUUCAAGUUCAUUAAUGAAAGAUCACCUUUUCCAACAUGAAACUGUAGUAACCAGUGAACCUUACAACAGUUCAAACUUAAGGCCUUCAACAUUUGAGGAUUUCAACUCAAGGAGAGCCUGUUUUCCCAGCCAGCCUAACCAGGUCUCAUUGAAGUCAAUCAGACAUGUGAGUUUUCAGGAUGAAGAUGAAAUCGUAAGAAUAAACCCCCGGGAUAUUUUGAUACGUCGUUAUGCAGACUACAGGCAUCCUGACAUGUGGAAGAAUGACCUGGAGAGGGAUGAUGCAGACUCAAAUAUACCAUUUUCUAAAUCGGACAAUAAAAAAUCUGACUAUUUAUACCCGUGUGGGGAUGGAACUAAGCUGAAUUCCCUGAAAGACUCAAAGGGUUCUGUGGUAUUUAAAACUCAGCCUUCCUCCUCAAAAUUUAAGAACUCCAAGAGAAGAAAAGAGGAUGGGGAGCGCUCCCGCUGUAUAUACUGCCAGGAGAGGUUUAAUCACGAAGAUAACGGCAGAGGCAAAUGUCAAGAUGCUCCGGAUCCCAUCAAGAGAUGCAUCUACCAAGUUAGCUGCAUGCUUUGCGCAGAGAGCAUGCUCUAUCACUGCAUGUCCGACUCGGAGGGCGACUUCUCAGACCCCUGCUCGUGCGACACGAGCGAUGACAAGUUCUGCCUGCGCUGGCUGGCGCUCGUGGCGCUGUCGGUCGUGGCGCCGUGCAUGUGCUGCUACCUGCCCCUGCGCGCGUGCCACCACUGCGGCGAGGCGUGCGGCUGCUGCGGCGGGAAGCACAAGGCCGCGGGGUGAGCGGGGCCGCGCGGCGCCGCGGCGGUCUCCUUCUUUCCAGCAAGCCUCGAACGCGGAUUUGUGACAGCUCUUUUUUGUUUCCUCUCGGCGAGCGGCGGCGGGGGGCGUCUUUCCCGCGCGAGGCGCUCGAUGCGGAGGGAGCGCCGGGACUUGUCGGACCUUGGCAUUUUACAAGUGCCGGCCGUGCCUGACUGUUCCCUUGGAGCGCAUGGCGUUGGCUGCGAGUUGUGAAGGAGUUUUGGCAAAGGAAAGCCUGUUCUUAUUAUUGGCUAUAAAAUGAGUAUAUAAAUUGCGAUUAUACUAAAAGGGAUUAACUUUUUGCCACUUUGUACAUUCGUGGUUUAGGUGAAGGGGCUCUUUUAAAAGGAUUAAAACUUAUCUGAGGGGAAAUUUUAACUAAAAGUGCACUAGUGACAGUUGAUUUAAGAUUAAGAAAAGUUAAUACUUGGCAAAUGAGAAGUGAAGCUGAUUUUAAGUGCAACUAAAUCACUUAUUAAUAGUUUUUUGGAAGCGACUUUAUGUAUAAAUAACAAAUGUUUAUAUUUAACUAAAUGUGUAAGGUACGAAUUACUACAUGUUAAACUUUCCUUCCCUCUGUUAUAGUAGGUAUGGACCAUAUCUACUGUCACAUUCCAUGAUAGUAUUUUAAAUAUUUAAUUAGUUUUAGUUGCAUUUUUAUUCCAGAUGGACAAAUUGAUAUUUUCAGUCCUGUUUCCCUUCAGCUACAGUUUGUGUUGAGUUGUAUCCAUACAUUCUGAUAAUCUAAAAACCUUUAAAAUAUUAAUUAUUCUAGUCUUGAGUGACCAAUAUUUUUUUUGUUAAGCACAGAUGUAAUUGUCUAAAAUGUUCUUGUUAGAACAUAACAUUUAUUUUUAUAUAUAAAUGACUUUGAUUUAAACAUAAUAGCAAAAAGGAAGUUGUUUCUGUUGCUCAACCAGCAAGUUGUUUUCUUUUGGGGUGUCCUCCAAAAAUCCUUUAUUACGUAUACAAAUGUUCAUUAAGCGAAAGGUACAUUAAGGCAGUUGUAACAAGUUGUCAUCAGUGUUCUUGUU